ACGACCAUCGGAAAAUAUUACAUUUUUAUGGACCUAUCGAUACAGCGCUAUAGCAACGCGUAUAAUCUUUAAUAAAUAUAAUGAUUUACGUGAACAGGUCCAAAUAGGAAAUUGGACUAGAAACAGAUUUGAUUCAAAUAUGGGUGAAAAGCGAUUAAUAUUCGGUAAACUGUCUGUAGUAGGUGGAGAGAAUAUUAUUCUAACCCUAUUAAAGACAAUCGAUGAUGAUUUUAAUACUAUAUAUGGCUGUACCAUUACCUUUGGUGAUGGUCUGACAGGUUAUAAUGCGACUAAGCUAAUAUUUACUCAAGAUGUACGACCCAGAAUAAACGUUCCCGGCAACCAGCAGAUUUAUGGUAGAAUUGGCCACAGAAUAACAUUAGUAUUUACGUAUCACUACAGUUUCCCAGCAUUCAGCAUUAACUUCACCCGUACAAAUAGCUCCGGAUUUAAAUCUGAAUCUAGGGAAGUUAAUUGGAAAGAUGUUAUAGAUGACGACAGACGGAUCUUUCAAAACAGUUCUAUAUUAGGUGGAGGACAGAUAUCUCUAAUUAUACUAAACACAACUAUUCAAGAUUAUAAUGCUGUCUAUAAAUGUGAAGUUAUAUUUACCAAUGGCAAGAUUGUUUCUGCAAUGAUUGAAUUAAUUCUACAAUCUGACACAGUCAUGCCUGAAACAGAGAAGACGACCUUUGAAAGAAAUCUAAUGAUAGCAUUGGUGAUAGUAAUGGUAUUAAUAAGUUUGAUAAUAGGAAUUGUUGUUUGUAGAUAUAAAUGUCGAUCACAUAAAUAUGAGAGACCGAGACGUGCCAGUAAUACCACGAAUAAUAUGAGACAUUCCUACAUUUCACUAAACAGUGUUGUUAUAUUCCAUGCCAACCGUGAUUCUACUACAACCAAUGCUGAGUCUACUGCAUCUAACGACACAGAUGCAUAUGCUAAUCCCUACGAUCCAAUCAACAGAGAUGGUAUUGACACCAGUAAAAACGUUUAUAUGCCACUACAGAAUCCCGGAACAAGUAGCAUUAACCAAGGCGAGGAUGUCCAAGAGACAAAUGGUGAUGACACUUCGGUUACCAAUAUAAAUGAUGUCGAGACAGCCGAUGAUGAUGAUGGUGAUGAUGAUACAUCGACACAUGAUUUUAAUCCUUACAAUGCUUUAAACAAAUAUACCCUGAACAGUGAUAUACACAGUUAUAUAUCGCUACCACCAUGUACGAGAUCAGACAAUGGGGAACAUGCCCUGUCUCCUAAUUCCAGUAGAGGAGAAGACGUAAUGUUUGUGAAAAAAAGACCCUCAAUGAUUUAGAUUUGAUUCUCAAAUUAAAUCAUAUAUUAUGCAUUUGUUUAGACCAUCCUUGAAUAUACAUUUGUUUAUUUAGUUUUAGGUUUUUUUUAUUGAAUUUCUAACAUGCCAUAGAGUUAAUACUGAGCUGUAUACGUCGUAGGGUUCCUUAUACAUGUGGACUCUGGCCCGUAGAGUUGAUGUUAUACUUUUAUUGUAUUUUUCUUGUCUUAUCUCUCUUUCUCGCACCAGGGUGCUCGUCCAGGCCGGCUAAUCCACAACUAACGGGCGUAUAAAGAUCGCUUAAAGUAAAUAUUAAAAAGUCAAUAUAAAUUAACAAGAUAGUUUGUUAUUAUUUCUUUUACGUAAUUCAUAUAUUCUUUUACGCUAAUUGCUUUUUUGUUGUAAAAAUUGUUUCUUACUGUACAUAUUAUUUUGGUGAGUAUAUGCGUGUCCUAAGGGAAGGGAAGGUGGGGGGUAGGUGAAAUAAUUAUUGAUUUUCAAUAUAUGAUAUUUGUUUGCUUUGUAUCAAAUGUAUUAUCUGAAUAUAUAGUUAAUAUAAAUAUUUUCUUAUUUUGUUGAAUGUUUCAAACAAUAUUCUUUCGGGGGAAGCAGGGGACUAUUUAAUGGGCGUGAUCCGCUGUCUGACGGUUUGAUCUGUCUGGGUAUCCGUCCGUAUGUCUGACUGUCAAAGUGUUUGGGACACAAUAACUCUGUUUCUAAUUAAGCUAGAAUUUUCAAACUUGGGAUAAGUGUUUUCUAGGUCAAUGCCUUGACUGGCAUUAUUGAUGGACAAUUUGAUUGGUCGAUGCGUUGGGACCAAUAUCUGAAUAUAUAGUUAUUAUAAAUAUUUUGUUCAAUGUUUCAAACAAUAUUCUUUCGGAGGAAGCAGGGGACUAUUUAAUGGGCUUGUUCCGCUGUCUGACGGUUUGACCUGUCUGGGUGUCCGUCCGUAUGUCUGACUGUCAAAGUGUUUGGGACACAAUAAGCUAGAAUUUUCAAACUUGGAAUAAGUGUUUUCUAGGUCAAUGCCUUGACUGUGAUUGUUGAUAGGCAAUUUGAUUGAUUGGUCGAUGCCUUGGGACGCGAUAACUUUGCUUCUAAUUAAGUCUGAUUGAUCAAACUUGUACAUAUUUUCAUAACAUCACUACCCUGACCAAGUUUGAUGACGGGCAUUUUCGGCCCAGGUUAAGCAGAGUGGGGAGCGAUUUGAUUGGCCGAGACUUUCGAUUCCAGGUGGGUUUGAUUACAUAAGUACCUUGACGUUUUGGGACAUAACUUUGAGUGAGAGUGGUAAAAGCGUUGUAAAGCUUCAUUACAUCAUUACAUAGUUUUAGUACUUCAAUACGAGGAUGAGCAAUUUAAUUAGUCAAGAUUUUGGAGCUCGACAACAUUGGUUCUAACUGGGUGACAAUACUUACAUUGAGCACUGCUUAGCAACAUAAUCGAUGCUUUAUAAAAAUAUAUAUACAAUUAAAAAUGUGUGUUGGGGGACAUCAGCCUCACUGUUGGCUUUUUUUUAUUUAAAAAUUUAUUCUUAUAUAUACGUUAUUGAUAUAUUGUUACUUUGCUAGUCACAUGUUUUGUGCAAUAGGAAUCCAUGAGAUAUCCUCAUUUUUUUUGUUAUUCGUAAUUGAUAUACUGUACACAUAUUUCUGUUUUUUAAUUUAAAUUGAUUUUUUUUUUAAACCAAAAUAUAACUUUGUUUUGAAACUAAUAAUUUCUGUAAAAUUAAUUAAAGCAUGCAACUAUU